AUGGACUAUCGCACGUGGAGAAAUAUGGAUCCAAACGUCCUACCCAGAGAGCCCCGUAAGCCCCUCUACCAGCCAGGGGGUGAUAGGUUCGGCAGCGGAUCCAGUACUGGUAUCGAAUUCCGCUGCUCAAGCUCAGUCAAACGCCACGACUAUAUCAAUGCUUUAGAAGAACGAAUCGCCUUUCUUGAGGCCCGCCUCCCCGAUCAUGCUGAGGACCACUAUGACAAUGGCCCAGAGAGUCUACAGAACACGUCUUCUAUGAGUGUUGAAGAGCCCGCCCUGGUUCUCCAGCCUCAGCCCAGUGCAUCGCGCCGCGAAUCCCGAGAAGACUGUUUUUCUGAAGAUCUCGAGGGUGAGGAUCGGACCUCACUCGUUGACGGCGUUGCCUAUCUGUCUUUAUGCGCAUCUGGAACCACAGAUACAACCUCAGAACCUUACUAUGUCGGCUCUAGUUCCGGUGCCACUAUUGCUCGCAUCAUCCAGUCCUCCAUCUUCCGAAGUUCUGGCAAGAGAGCAGUUACUCAACCCGUGUCUCAAACAUGCCAGGCUACGGGAACUUCGAGACCACCUGCCCCUCCUGAAUCUACUCAUUCCGAAGAGACCGGCGCCGACUUUCCGGAUCGACAGCAGGCGCAUUCAGAGCAUCAUCUUGUUGCAGCUACCGAGCCAAUGGACUAUAUCUUAGACCAGCACAACCUUGCGACCGUACAAUUCCUUAUCUUGCUCGGAGUACACGGCCAGAGGUCACCUUAUGGUGCAGGCGCCUGGUCCCAGAUUCGAUUUGCAACAUCCGUGUGCAUCGAGAUGGGCUUGCACAGGAAGAAGACGGUGAUGGACUCCCCUGCACAUGCAAGGGAUGCAGAAAUUCGGCGGCGUAAUUUCUGGGCGUGCUACUGCCUUGAUAGGGUGACUAGUAUUGUGCUUGGCAGGGCUUUUGCUAUCGCUGAUCGAGACAUUAACGUCGAGCUUCCUAGUACCAGUCCUGAGUUCUAUACUUUGACACACUCAGAAGUUCCAGACUCGGAUAAAGCCCAGUGGUCAAAUAUCGAGCCUUUCAUACACAUCAUCAAACUCGACCAGAUCCAGUCACGCAUUCAUAAAGCAGUAUUUCGCGUUGAUAGAGAUGUCUUCAAUGGGACACCGGAACAGCGGGCUAAACUUGACCGAAAGAUGGCUGCCAUUCGGAGCGAUCUGGACGAAUGGCUGCGAACCUAUCCGCAGACACCGAAGAAGGAAAACAAGAUCACCUGGAUGUACGAUCCGGAAAGCGCAUAUCUUGACGCACGAGACUUUUAUGGUGUUCAGUAUCACAAAGCAAUGCUGUUCCUUUUCACCGUCUUUCUUCCUACACUCGACACAUCAGACAUGCGCUUCAUCACAUGUGCGCGCUCAGCGGCUUGUGUUUGUAACGCAUACAAGCGAUUGAGUCAGAACCGAACACUGACCUACACUAUGAUCUCCCUCCAUUCGUGCUUCGUAGCUGGCUUGACACUGGUGUACUGCAUUUGGCGGGAUCGAUCUCUCUUUUCCUACGAUGUUCUAGAGGCAACACGGGCCUGCUCACAGAUCUUGACCAUCUUUGGCGAGAAAUGGCCCGGUGCCGUCAAAUAUCGCGACAUCUUCGAUGCAUUAUCCGGAAGCUUGUUCAAGACGAUUGUCAACUCGACGCCUACUACGACGAUGCACGGUAACGGUUCGAGACCGCUGCAGCUUGAUAUGGAUGCAGAGCCUGGUAUAACGCCGCGGAGUCGACGAGAGAGUCGCGAACAAGCGUCACACCUUCCAACGUAUAGCAACAAACCUACCAUGUCGCACAUGGUCACGGACGCUGUGAAAGAGGCUUUUAUGGAGGUUGAUGAAGAGGCACCCGGCGGAUGGCAAGGGUGGCGUAUGUUCAACGAAAUGGUAAGCGAUGAUACGACCUCUGCAGCAAGUGCAGCGAUGCGAUUCGAUGGUGUGAGUCAAAAUCAGACUGAGAUGAGCUGGGAUGCUUACGAUGGUUCUGGAUUUUAUGGCGUGGAUCCAAUCCAAGACGCAGCAAUGCAGAUGGACAGCCGCGGUAUGGUGGAUGGUAGUCAAUGGAACUUCGGAGAGUAUAGAUAG